AUGGAAAAAUACCUAGAGAAAGUUUGGAAGAACUUGGAAAAGUUUGAUUAUUUAAGAAUCGAACAAAUCCCAAGAGAACAAAAUUCUAAUGCCGACGCCUUAGCAAAACUGGCCUUGCAGAAUGAACUGGAUGAACUAAACUUGUUACCGGUAGAAGUGUUAGACGAACCAAGUAUAUGUAAAAAGGAAGAAGUUGAGAUGAUAUAUAGCUCGCCCACUUGGAUGACACCCAUAGUUAACUAUCUUCUCAACGAGAAACUUCCAGCGGACCAAAGCGAGGCACGAAAACUCUUGUAUAUGGUGCCUCGCUAUACGAUAGUAGAAGGCAAAUUGUAUCAAAGGGGCUACUCAAUGCCUCUCCUACGGUGUGUCCUCCCCACAGAAGCAAACGAGAUCAUCAAAGAAAUCCACAAGGGCUUCUAUGGAGAUCAUGCAGAGGUUGAACCUCUAGUUUCCAUAACCUACAAGAAAUUUCUCGACUUUGUCAUCAAAAACAUAAUUAGAAGGUUUGGAAUACCCAUUAAGAUAGUAUCUGAUGAAAGAACUCAGUUCGAUGGUGAAUUAUUCACUGAGUUUUGCGAGAGGAACAAGAUUAUUAAGAGCUUCUCGUUAGUGUCAAGGCCUCAGGAAAAUGGACAAGUAGAAGCUGUUAAUAAGACCUUGAAGGAUACUAUUAAAAAGAAGCUCAAUGCUGCAAAAGGCAGAUGGGUCGAUGAACUACUCCUCGUACUUCGGGCUAACAAAAAAACUGAGAAAAUAGCAACUAGGUAUACUCCAUUCUCGCUGGCAUUUGGCUCGGAGGCAAUGCUGCCAGUGGAGGUUAAUAUUGCAACCCAUAGACGAGAGUUUUAUGAUCAAGAAGAAAACUAA